AUGGCAGGCUUCUCGUCGCUCGGUGCCGAGGCCGACUCAGUCGCCGCACAGGGCGGCGCGGGACGGCGAUCUGCCGGGACGCCGAUGUCUCUUCCCCUUCUCCAGAACAACGUGAGGCGCGAUCCGCCGGCGUACUUUGGCGAGUUCCAACUCCAGUUCUCUCAUUUUCGUGGCCUCUUGUCCGUGCUCGAGCAGCAGCCGCAUCGAACUGUCAAGGGCUUGCAGCAGCUUCUCAUGUUCCUUGCGCAUACUAGCCCGUGCUACAGCCCGCGCGUCGCGGAGGCCGAGACGUCCAAUGCGCGCGGGAAGGCGCCAGCCGAUCUGACAUCUUCGGCGCGCGACGCGUCUGGUUCCUUUCUCUCUCUGUUUGGCUUUGACGGCGCAAAUGACGGCAGCCUCCAGAGUAGUCAGACCGAGAACGAAAGCAGGAACUACUCGGCGGAGCUCGCCGGCUCGAUUCAAAAGACGCUGAUGCAGUUCUCCUCCGCCCUGCACCCGCAGACGCGACAGACGCUCCUUACGGCACUCCUGCUGCUCAGGCGCAAGCGACAGCUCUCGUGCUCAGACAUGCUUCGCAUUUCAGUGCAGCUGCUGCAGCUGAACGAUAAGACCUGCCGCCAGACUCUGUUCUCCUUCGUCACGCGAGACGUGGGGAAGCUUUGUCUCGCGGAUCAUAUGCAGCAAAGUUUCGCGACUCUCUCGCCGGAGCUCUUUGCGAUGCUGUCACGCCCAGCGUGUCCUCUGGCCGCGCGGCUUGCGCUCUGCUGCCUGAUUCAAGUGUACAGACAGCAGCGCCACAGUGGCGGUGCGUCCGUCCACCGCAACGACAAGAACUUUCAAAAAAUCGUCAACGCGAUUGCAGCCUGCACGCUCGCGGGCGACGUCAAACUCGCCACCUCCGCGGCGCUCUUUCUUCUCGGCGAACUUCAGAGUGCUUCGAACCGCAUCGCGAACGUGGAGGACGACGACAGCGACGAAGAAGAGGAGGAAGCUGCGGCGGUCGCCGCGGAGGCGAAGCGCCUGACGAGAUCGCAGGAGGGCCUCGCAAAGAAAACCGCUGCGGCCAAGAAGAAGCUGAAACGCGCCAAGGCUAAACUGCAGCGAAAGGUCAAGCGGAAGCAGCAGCGGCUCGAGCAGCAGCACCUAAACGGCGGGGUGGUGGCGUCCGUAUCCAUCAUCGACCUCCUCUACGACCCACAGGGCCUGGCAGACAAACUCUUCAGCCGCGUUCGGGGGCAGAGCGACAGAUUCGCGUCGCGCGUCGUUUUCCUCAACCUGCUCUCGCGUCUGAUCGGCCAGCACAAGCUCCUUUUGUUCAACUUUUACCCAUUCGUGCAGAAGUACCUCCAGCCUCAUCAGCGUCUGGUUUCCGUGCUUCUGGCGAUCCUCGCGACCGGAGUCCAUGAACUAGUUCCGCCGCAGGAGCUGCUUCCUGUCGUCAAGCACAUUGCUGACGUGUUCAUCAACGAAACGCGCGGCGAAGACGUGAUCACUGUUGGCCUGAACGCGAUCACCGAAAUCUGCACGCGGGCGCCGCUCUGCAUGACGAAGGAGUUGCUGUCAGAUCUCAUCGAGUACCGCAGAGAGAAAACGAGCAAGAGCGUCGUCAUCGCCGCGCGCCGGCUGAUGAAUCUUUACCGCGACGUCAUGCCUUCGCUGCUCCCCGCCAACGCACGCGGCCGCGAGGCCUCCAUCGCCGUACAGAACCAAGAGGGCGACGGAGUCAGCUUCGGCGAGUUCAAGCCGGCGGCGAACCUGGCUGGCGUCGAGGAGUUGGAGCGCCUGCAGAAGCUCGUGAAGGCGCGGAAACGAAUGCGAGAAGAAGAACGAAGUGAACUAGAAGAUGAUGACGAGGAGGGCCUCGAGCUGGACUCCGACGAUGAAGAGGACGGAGAAGAAGAGGAGGACCAAGAGGACAGAGAUGAAGAGGAGGAUGAAGAGGAUGAAGAAGACGAGGCAGAGGAUGACGAGGAGGAUGAAGAGGAUGAAGAAGACGAGGCAGAGGAUGACGAGGAGGAUGAAGAGGAUGAAGAAGACGAAAAGGACGAAAGUCGCCCAACGAAGAAGAUGCGCCGCAGGAACGAGUCCGGCGAGCAGCCCUCGGAGGGGGGCGAGUCCUCAUUGCCCUCGACUCUGGCGACAGAUCGCAUUUUGACGCCUGAGGAAUUCCACGCGCUGCGCGUCCUGCAGGCGAAGCGCGCCGUCGAGGCGGUUGGGAAGCACCCCAGCGCAAAGAAAAAGAAGCAGGUAGACGAUGAGGAGCACGAAAAACUCCUCUCUCUCCUCUCCAAAACCGGCGGCGUCGAAGCGGGCCUCGACAGCGAGGACAGCGACAGCGAAGACAGCGACAGCGACGACUCUUCCGGCAACGAGGAGAGCCCGCACAGCGCGUUUGUUACGAGCACGUCGCUCGAGGGUUUGGCAGGGCGGAAGCGGCGACAGGCGAGGGAGCGGAAUCGGCUGAGGGAGGAAGCUAAGAUGGAGAAGCGGAAGGGCGGCAACCCAUGGCCCUUUGCAAAGAAACAACUCGAUGCAGCGGAGGCCUCGCUGGCUGCCAAUCCUUCGAAAAAGCACAAAACAGUCGUCACCGGCAACGCGCCACAAAAGAUCAAGGCCAGAAACAAGCCCCUCGCCAUGGUCCGACAGAGUCGCAAGCUGCGCGACAAGAAGCAGCAGAGCGUGAAGCAGAAGCUGCAGAAUUUGAAGAAGCAAAUCAAGAACCUGAAGAAGAGUCAGAACAGCGAUGACUACUACAGAGACUGCGGGAGCGAGACGCUUUCGGCGUCGGCGGCCGUCUCCCUCUACUACCAUUCUGCGGCUCUCAGUGCCUUCUGCGCUGGCGUGCUCACGCUCCUAAGAGUCUACGCCGCCGCACAACACACGCGGCAGGACCUCCUUCUGGGUUUCCCUUUUGCCGGAGUCUAG